CGCUUAGUGAUAUAGCACAUUACAUUACAUGCAAAAAAUACUUCUUAGAAGGAAAUUUGUAUAAUAUGACUCAAAGAAAUAAUACAUUGUACAUUAAUAUAAAUAUAUAUACAUUGAAUAAACUUUGAACUAACCGGACAAGCUGUUCAAUAGAGUCAAGCAGUGUCAGUGUGCUUAGGAGAGCUAUUAGUCACCAAGCUGCCAUCUGAUCCGCUCACCGACCCCUGGCAGAAUGUCAGCCGUCUGAGGGGCCUGCCUGUGGGAAAGCAACACCCCCCUGUCCCCCGGUUUCCUCCAACUGAACCAGAACACGUCAACUUCCCCUGCAGCGGCGCUCUCCCCUGCGUUUAAGUUGAGUUGUUGGUGAAAGUUGCGGUGAAGUUUGUCUACAGGGACAACAUGCGCUCCUUAGCGGGACUAGCUGUCAUUGUGGCGGCGGCGAGCGUCUCCCUCUACCUGCUGUCCAAACACCUUCCCCCGGGACGGAGCCAGCUCCAGCUGCAGGAGGGCGAGGCCGAGCAGGAGAACAGGUUGAAGUUCCCUUCAGACUUAGAGUCUCUGCGGGAACUUGCCAACACGCUAAAGUUUUACAAGACGGAAAACUAUGGCUACGUUCUGCUGCUGUUCUGUAGCGCAUACCUUUAUAAACAGUCCUUCGCCAUACCUGGCUCGUCCUUCCUGAACAUGUUGGGUGGGGCGAUAUUUGGACCUUGGGUGGGUCUGAUAUUGGCCUGCCUGCUCUCCACUUUCGGCUCCACAUUCUGCUUCCUGCUGUCCUCGACGUUUGGGAAGCAGUAUGUGGUUUACUUCUUCCCUGACAAGGUGGCUCUGCUGCAGAGGAAGGUGGAAGAGAACCGUAGCAGCUUAUUCUUCUUCCUGCUUUUCCUUCGUUUCUUCCCCAUGACUCCUAACUGGUUCCUUAACAUCACCUGUCCUGUCCUCAACAUCCCUAUAUCUAUUUUCUUCUUCUCUGUAUUAAUAGGUUUGAUCCCGUAUAACUUCAUCUGUGUCCGUACGGGCUCCAUUCUGUCCCAGAUCUCCUCUCUGGACGACAUUUUCUCCUGGGGGACCCUGGCUCAGCUCCUGGCUAUCGCUCUCAUGGCCCUGCUGCCCGGAGCACUGAUCAAACACUACGGCAGAGCUCACCUCAAGGUGGACGGCGUCGACAGUAAUGGCACCAGUCAGGUGGAAAUCAGCCAGGAUAGGAAGAGAAGAUGACUGAAAGAUGAGAAAGGGACUAAAUACUAAAAGAACUCAGGUGGGGAAAGAAACCACUAGAUGAAAGCAUGCGACCUUUAAUCCACGCCAGAAGUGAGAUUUCUCUAAGGUCACUGUGGAGACUCAAGACAUUCAGGCCGAUGUUUGUUAUGACCUCAUGCUCUUAUCCGGUUACAUUUAGUCCUUUUCAAAGGUUCAUAAAUUAAGUGAAAUAUUAAAAUGGAAAAGUUAUUAUAAAGUUUCCUGAAGUGGGAUUUAAAAUCCCUUUGGGUUUGCUUUAGGAAAAUCCCCUUAGAGGUCACUGAAGCUAAGACUUCAUCCUAAAUGCAAAGAAUUAAAAUCACAUUUUCCAGAAAUUGAUGAUUAUCUCUUAAAGAGAAAAGAUCAACUGUCCGCCUGAAGACGAUCAAACCUUUAUUUUGUUCUAUUGAAAAUAGAUUUGUGAUGUGAAUGUUGGCUGCUAAGCGUGUUUACUUCCAACAUCUCCUAUUUUGCAGAUUGCUCAGCAGAUUGCAGUGUUGUCUGUAAAAGCAGAGAAUAACCUCUUUGUGAUUUAAAGUAACGUCACCAACCUGCUCCAAUUUUCUCUGACUGAAGCGGAAUUUAGUCAAAAUACCAUCGUUUGAAAAAGACACACAAUGAAC